AUGCGUCGAGGUGCUCGUAUUCUAUGCAUGAAUAACUACAGUUUUUCGAAGCAUCAUGAGGUUAGCGGUAAAACACGAUGGAAGUGUUCCAAGUGCUCAAGUAAAGGCUGCAAGGCGUCGGUCACAAUCAUAGACGGAUCUGCAUUCUUCACAACUACAGACCGCGGGGCUCGCAUCCUAUGGAUACAGGACUUCAGCUUUUCCAAACACUCAGAUGCACAAUACGUCACAUCUGUACGUGGGGCAAGACAAUUAGUACUGAAUGGAUAUACUUACUGCGUAAAGCACGUGCUUGGUUCGAAACUCCACUGGAUAUGUUCCACACAUCACAGCAAAGGUUGCAGAGCCAAGGUGCACACAAUGAAUGACUCGGUGUGCAGCCAACUUGGUGCUCACACUCAUCCACCAAGACUUAUUUCCCAUCAAGUCGAAAUUUUAACCAACUUCUGUAAUGACAUGUUUAUGAACCAGUAA